AUCUGGAUGGUUCUCACACAGCUGGGAAAGAUACAGCAUAUUUAGGGAUAUCUUUGCUCUUAUCUCCAAGGUUAGAUUGUUUUUUCCACCAAGUUUUCCUGACUGCGCUAAAAUAAAUCUUAAAUGACACGUCUGAUAUUUGCCAAGUAAUGCUCUAUAUAAAGAGACACGAGUCAGUGUGGAAGGCACAGACUGUCACAAUGAAGUUUCUGAUCUUGGCUUUGCUCGUCGCUGGAGCCUACGGCUGUGGUCUGCCCACCUACCCCCCCACCCUGACCAGGGUGGUUGGUGGAGAGGAUGUCCGUCAGCACAGCUGGCCCUGGCAGGUGUCUCUGCAGUACCAGAGUGGCAGCUCCUUCUACCACACUUGUGGUGGCACUCUGAUCUCUGACCAGUGGGUUCUCACUGCUGCUCACUGCAUCGGAAGUCGCACCUACAGAGUCUUGCUGGGAAAACACAACCUGAAGGUGAACAACGAGGCUGGUUCCCUGACCAUCAGCCCCGCCAAGCUCAUUGUCCACCCUAACUGGGACUCCUACAGAAUCCUUAAUGACAUUGCCCUGAUCAAGCUGGCAACUCCCGUCAAGGUGUCAGACACCGUCAUGCCUGCCUGUCUCCCCAACUCUGGAGAAAUCCUGCCCCACAAUGCUCCCUGCUACGUCACUGGCUGGGGACGCCUCUGGACUGGAGGACCUAUUGCUGACAUCCUGCAGCAGGCCCUGCUCCCAGUCGUCGGCCACUCCACGUGCAGCAGGUCUGACUGGUGGGGCAGUCUGGUCACCACCAACAUGAUCUGUGCUGGAGGAGACGGAGAGCUUGCUAGCUGCAACGGAGACUCUGGCGGUCCCUUGAACUGUCGGAACUCUGACGGCUCCUGGGACGUCCACGGAGUGGUGAGCUUUGGCUCCAGCAUGGGCUGCAACUACCCCAAGAAACCGUCUGUCUUCACCAGAGUCAGUGCCUACACCAGCUGGAUGAACACUGUGAUGACCACCAACUAAGAAACAAUGGUGUAUGUCGGACACAGUUGAUUGAUUCAGUUGACAAUAAAAUAAUUAAAUAACUCAA